AUGGAAAGGGCUAGGCAAUCCACAUAUACAGUUAUACACUUCAACAGCCAGAUCUGCCGCCGAAUGAGACAUAGCUUGAUUCUGUUUGGAUCUAUGCAGGGCACAAUAAGAAUUCCGUUUUCUUAUUUCCCUACUCCUGUUUGUCACUUCAGUUACUCCAGUUUACUUUGUCAUUUGAUGUUUGUUCCGUCAUUAUUGCAAAAUAUAGUGGAAUCUGGCCACAGGGAGGUUCAAUGGAUUCCUUUUUUACUUCGUUUCUGUAUUAAGGGAAUUAUAUUCUACAGUUCUGAUCAGCACCAGUCUCCUGAUUUUGUUAUGAAUGAUCCUGGUUUUCUCUUCCGUGUCCCAUUCCAUGAAUACCUAUUUAAAAUAGUUCUUGUUCUUUAUAGCUUGCUAACCUUGAAAUCAGUGGUCAUUCCAACUCUUCUAUGGAUACUGCCCGAGCAAUGCGAUCAAUCAUGGGGACAACAUCUAUGUGAUCACACAACAGCUGUUGCCUUGUAUUCGUUCUUACGUUCGGGGCUUGUCGAGAUUUUCUAUGUAUUUUGGUUUUAUCCCCUCUACAUCUUCAGCUUUAUAAUAAGUACACUUUGGUAUGGUGACAUUGCUAAGCAUGCUUUGGCUGUUGUGAAAAGUAAGAAGCUGGAUGCAAGUCAAGCAUCUGACUCUGACCCUCACAGCACAUCUGUAUCAGCAGAUAGGCCUGAAGGAUUUGAUGGGGUUGCGAUUGGUGUUGGAGAGCAGGUCUAUUCGAUACUUCUUUUGACUAUUUUCUUUGCUGAGGUUACAGUGAUUGGUUACAUACCUUACCUUGGUAAGGCAAUGAACUUCAUGUUACUGUCUUUGAUGUAUGCCUACUACUGCUUCGAGUACAAGUGGAACUUCUUUGCAGUGAGCCUGAACCACCGGCUUGAUUUCUUUGAGUCAAAUUGGGCUUUCUUUGCCGGAUUUGGUAGUCCAUGUGUACUUCCGAUUUUCUUCUUCUCUCCUCUUACAAGUUAUGGUGUGAUGGCAAUACUAUACCCACUGGUAUGGACAAGCACUUUCUAA